AUGACGUGGCUCGGUACUUUUACUGGUCUUUCUGGCGCUUCCGCUGUGGCUCUAGGUGCUUUUGGUGCGCACGCUCUGAAGGACAAACUGAACGCGCACCAGACGACCUCGUGGUCGACGGCGACCAAGUACCAGCUGAUCCAUACGGCGGUACUCCUGUUUAUCACCUCGGUUCGCCCACUCCGUGGCGCUAACAAGUUUGCGGCCUACGCUUUUGCCACCGGCAUUGUGCUGUUCAGCGGUUCCAUCUACGGUCUCUGCCUGCUUCCGGCCGGUCACGGCCUGCGCAAGCUGCUGGGCCCUGCGACGCCGCUGGGUGGCCUGUCAUUCAUUGCAGGAUGGCUGGCGCUGGCGUACGCUCGCGUCCCCGUAACGCUGUAG